UACUAUGUAAAUCUGACCGUUUACUCAGCCAACACUUUGCGUAUACUUCUUCUUAGAUCGAAGGAGACCUUGUUGAAUAAUAUAACGAGACUGACAAAAAGACAUGGAAUCGAAAACGAGUAAUCAAGAUCAUAUCGAGUACAAUGAGUUCUUCUACGCUACCGUGUGCCACGUUUGCAAACGGUUUGGUGAUGACGUCCCUUUAAAGAGGUGCAGUGGCUGCAAGUUGAUCUCCUAUUGCAGCAAGGAACAUCAGAAGCAACACUGGAAGCAGCACAAAUCGUUAUGCAACACCGUACUGAACGCGACGCGAACCCGCAACAUAAACGAGUACUGUGGAACAGCUUUGGAGUGGUAUAAUGAGAAGACGAGCUAUAUGCAGCUAGUGUCAGCGAAAUUAAGACGUCCCCUUCAGAUGUAUGAAAGCGAUAUGUUCAUGCAUCCAAAGGAGUGCGUCGUCUGCUAUGAAGUGAACGGUCAUCUGCUGAAGGAUUGUAAGGAUUGUGCCGCCUACUACUGUAAAGAUCACAUAGACGAUAUUGAACAUAAAAAUAUCUGCGUGGCCCUGGGGUUAGAUUAUCGUAUACGCCUACAGCGUAUGAUUGGCAAGAGCUUUCUGGACCUGAAUUACGUGGCAUAUGUAUCCAAGGCGGAUACGUUUGAGAACAUGAAGGAAUUUAUAAAAACUUACCCGAAUAUACAGAGUCAUUCGGAAUUGUCCUGUGAUAUCCAGGAAGCCGUACAUUCGCAGUAUGUCACACAGCCCUUAACGUUGUUUAAUGCCAUGCAAUUAUUAGAGUAUGUUCCAGAUCGGAAAGAUCUAGUCAUUCAUGUUGUAGGCGCGAAUAAGGUAGAAGAAACUACUCUAGCAGGGUGGGGAGUCUUGCUAAAUUUAAUAAAUAUAUCAUCGCUGAUGAUUGUAAUGGUAGGGCCAGAAUUAAAUUGUAAAUCCUAUACGUUGCCCGACGGUUUGUUUCCGCAAAAAGAAUGUUCGUUUGAGUUUCACGAUUCGCUGUACGAGAACUACGCAUACAGCUCGUCGUUCGUGAAACCGGAUAUAAUUAUAGGAUUUAAUGCGUGUAUUCAAGAGUAUAAAUUUAGGUCCCCUGAAGACACGUGGACGGCAGCGAUACGUCUCAUAGCGAAAAAAAACUGUCCGUUCAUUUUAACGUGCGAUUACACGCAAGAGCAUGUCGAAUACGAGGCAGAAAGAAUUAACACCAUCCUAAAUAGGCAGAUAGAUUGUUUGUACAGCGGAAAGAAUCCAUUUACAAGUUUACGACCUUAUAGAGUUGCCAUGUCACAAAAAGUGUCCUAUGCUAAUCACUACGUAAUUAUCUACAAGAGUCUUUGUCGGUAACUAAAUGUAAUUCGAGCAACUGACGAACUAUCGGCUGUGUUGCCGAAGAACAUGUAGCACGCGCGAAAUGACGGACACAAGUGAAAUUUAGCUAAACGUUUUACACACCCAACCUGAAAAUGUAGAAAAUUUGUACGAACAGUCAACGUAAAUCGCUGCGUUUCUGCACAAGAGAAACAAAGAGAUUUAUGCCCGAUUUCUUCACAUCCGGUUAUGUUGCGGUUAAAGUUAACCAGGAGAUAAACUAC